GCAGAUCUAGGUGAAUCCAGGAGCUUCAAGCAAACGCUGACGAGGGCUCUGAGAUCCUCUCAGUGACGUUUCUGAAGCACGCCUGUCCCCAGGGGAAGAGGAAGAUGGCUGCCAAAAGCGCGUGGCUGCUCCUACUGCUCAGCUGUGCAGCCAGCACUCGAGUCCUGGGGGAUGUCAUCCUGCUGCAGAACUGUCCUACUGGGUGGUUUUACCACAAACUCAGUUGCUACGGAUACUUCCAGAAGCUGAGGAACUGGUCUGACGCUGAGCUCGAGUGCCAGUCCUUCGGAAAAGGAGCCCACCUGGCGUCUAUACAGGAUUCGAAGGAAGCCGAAGUCAUAGCAAAGGUCAUACGCAGCUACCAAAGGAACCUGCCCGUGUGGAUCGGCCUGCACGACCCACAGAAGAAUCAGCAGUGGCGGUGGGCCGAUGACACCGAAUUUUCAUUCAAAACCUGGUCUGGCAAGUCCGUGGAUGCGAGCAAGCACUGUGCGGAAAUAAGCCCCAAAGACGAUUUCUUAACUUGGGAUAGCAAUGAAUGCCACCAGCACCAACACUUCCUGUGCAAGUAUCAACCCACGUACGAACCGUAGAGCAAGAAUGGAGAUUCCCGCCAGCCCUUUGCACAAGCCCCUUCCUCUCCCUUCUCGGCCAAACUGGCCAUGUCUGAUCAUUGGCUCAGAGAGUAAACGCAGUACCUAAGGCUGGUGAGGUUCUUACUGCA